AUGAAGGUCGCCAAAGCUACCCUCCUCGCCGUCUUGGCGCACUCUGCUGCUGCCCGCUUCGUCGGAGAGGACGAGAUCAACCGGGUCCAGCUCUAUCCCGCUGGCUCCGAGCCCGAGAAGUACCUGAUCGAGCUCUCCCCAGGUGACACCCGCUGGGUUACCGAGGAGGAGAAGUGGGAGCUUCGCCGGAACGGCAACCGUUUCUUCGAUAUCACCGACCACAAGGACUUCGGAGCUGCCCGUCUCCACACCAAGACCAAGUCCAAGGCUGUCUUUCCCCAGAAGUGCCAGCUCCAGGACACCGUGAACCCGCUCAUCAAGAAGCUCGACAAGACCGAGAUCCAGAAGAACCUCGAGAAGUUCACCAGCUUCCACACCCGAUACUACAAGUCCGACUACGGCCGCCAGUCGUCCGAGUGGCUCCUCGGAAAGAUCAACGACAUCAUCAAGGAUGCCGGUGCCGACAAGAAUGUCUUCGCGGAGCACUUCCCCCACACGUGGCAACAAAGCUCCAUCAUUGUCACCAUCCCGGGCAAGUCCAACCGCACCGUCGUCAUUGGUGCCCACCAGGACUCGAUCAACCUGUGGCUGCCCUCUAUCCUGGCCGCACCCGGCGCCGAUGACGACGGCAGUGGCUCCAUGACCAUUCUCGAGGUCCUGCGCACUCUGUUGAAGUCCAAGGACAUCGUCGAUGGCAAGGCCGACAACACCAUCGAGUUCCACUGGUACAGCGCCGAGGAGGGUGGCCUGCUCGGCAGCCAGGCCAUCUUCAAGUCGUACGAGCAGGAGAAGCGUGACGUCAAGGCCAUGCUUCAGCAGGACAUGACCGGCUUCGUGCAAAGGACUCUCGAUGCCGGCAAGCCUGAGAGCGUCGGCGUCAUCACUGACUUCGUCGACCCCGGACUGACUGACUUCAUCAAGAAGGUCAUCGUCGAGUACUGCAAAAUCCCCUUCACCGAGACCAAGUGCGGCUACGCCUGCUCUGACCACGCUUCCGCCAGCAAGGCCGGCUACCCUUCGGCGUUCGUCAUUGAGUCUGCGUUCGAGGACUCCGACAACCACAUCCACAGCGUGGAUGAUCUCAUCAAGUACUUGUCGUUCGACCACAUGCUCGAGCACGCCAAGAUGACACUUGGUCUCGUGUAUGAGCUCGGCUUCACCGACUUCCCGGCCCUCGAGAAGAAGGGCGAGACUUUCUCCGAGGAGCUGUAG